CUCGGUUCGGGGAUAGGGGCGAGCAGGAGCAGCAAAGCACUCGAUGGCGAGUUCAGGCCCCGGGCUGGUCUAGAAGGGUCACGCUAGUCUGCUUUCCGCAGCGGGGAGGGCGCGGAGAGAGAAGGGGAAAACGCCAGCUUCCGCCCCGCCCCGGAAGCGGAAGUGCAGCUGCCGCGGGUCCUGUCCAGUGUGAGCCCGGCCCGUGCGCCAGCCGUUCCGCCCCGUGAUCCUAUCGCCCCUUUCUCCUGCCGGUGUCCCGCUCGCCGGUCCCGCCAUGCUAUCUCUAGACUUUCUGGACGAUGUGCGGCGGAUGAACAAGAGGCAGCUCUAUUAUCAGGUCCUGAAUUUUGGCAUGAUCGUGUCCUCGGCCCUCAUGAUCUGGAAGGGGUUGAUGGUAGUCACUGGAAGUGAAAGUCCAAUUGUGGUGGUGCUCAGUGGCAGCAUGGAGCCUGCGUUUCAUAGAGGAGAUCUUCUCUUUCUGACAAACCGAGUUGAAGAUCCCAUACGAGUGGGAGAAAUUGUUGUUUUCAGGAUAGAAGGAAGAGAGAUUCCUAUAGUUCACCGAGUCUUGAAGAUUCAUGAGAAGCAAAAUGGCCACAUCAAGUUUCUGACCAAAGGAGAUAACAAUGCUGUUGAUGACCGAGGCCUCUAUAAACAAGGGCAGCACUGGCUAGAGAAGAAGGAUGUCGUGGGGAGAGCCAGGGGAUUUGUCCCUUAUAUUGGAAUUGUGACGAUCCUCAUGAAUGAUUAUCCUAAAUUUAAGUAUGCGGUACUCUUUUUGCUGGGUUUAUUCGUGCUGGUCCAUCGUGAGUAAGAAGGCUACCUUGCUGUUCCUGGGAAGACGUGUACUUUUUGUUACUUAAUGUUUGGAGUAGAUUCUGGUCUGCGAUGGUGGAAUGGAGGACACACGUUGGCGCUUAUUGGUAGCACUGGUUUGCAUUAGUUUAUGUUUCCACACCAGAAUCCGUGUGGGCGGGAGCAUGUGCACUGCGGAGUGCACUUAAGGGGACUUUGAGUCGCAGGGUUUCAUACGUUGUCAUUGUCACACUUUCACAUUUUUGUACAUCAGUGGAUUUUUUAUAUUAAAAGGUUGAGCCAAAGCCCCCAGUGUUUGUAUUUUGAAGCCAAGCUUCUCCUCUCAAGUGCCUACAAAGUCCUGUGAGUGACAGCGCCGCUCUUCCGCUCCUCCUUCUGAUGGGAGUGGCGCAUAGGAAGGUGGUUGGAAGUCUUGACUUUUCAAAAUUUUAAAUAAAAGACUUUGCACAUUGAACCCCU